AGAGACCUUUUGCAUGAAGCAUAUUGCAGUUACAUUAUAUUCACACUCAUUAGCAUAUUUUUAUAAAAUCAUCUAGAAUGGAACAUGACAACAGCAAAGAUGACAGUGGAGACACCUCCGAAGAAAUGCCUAGAGCCCUUGGGCCAUCACGUUUCAGGAAUCCACUUUCGAUCUCUUGGCUUCUACCCCCUACCCUGCUGGCAGGGCAUUGUGCAGCACCCUUUCCAGCGCACCUGGGUGCAGGAGAUCGAGGAAGAGAGCAUCUGCCAUCCAGCUUCAUCCUAGCAAAGACCCCCAGUGCCAAGCAGGAGUGGACUGAGGAGGAGGAGGAAGAAGAGAAGGAGGAGGAGGAUGUGUCCCCUGAACAAGACACCAUCAGGGUCAUCCAGGAGCACCUCUGGGGCAGAGCUGAGGUACAAAAAUCUUUCAGCUGCGCUGGCCCUGAGUCUGCCCUGCCCCUUCUUCCAUCCCCACCUACACAGGGGGUCUUGUCCCAGAGAAUCCCUCACCCCCAAUGGGGGGAACUUCUCCCUUGUUACCUGGCACCCCAAGUGGGAGCAUGUCUCAUGCACACCAAGGUGUCCGCUCCCCGCAGACACUGUCCCAGUUACAACCCCAGUCUGUGCAGGGCGACGCUGGUUUCGAGAAGCGGGGUGGCUUUCCUUGUCCAACUCCAUGGGGUUCCUGAGCCAAGGAGCUGGUGUAGUUGCUGGCCAAACAGCUCCGCUUCCUCCAUACUCUCCCACGUCUGUGCUUCUCCACAGCAGCAGGGGCUGAACACUCUGGAGCCCCACUUCUCCAAAGCGGCCCUCGUGGAGAGCAUUGCGGAGCUGAUUGAAAAUCUGCCCGUGGUGCCAGAGCCAACCUUCAUCAUCUCCAGCUUCAUGGCCGCAGUUUGCAGCCUCAGCAAACUGAAGCCGCUGCUUGCCCUGGAGCUGGAAUCACACCUCCUGCGGGCUCUUCUUUACACCAUCUUCACCAUAGGCACUGGGCAGGAUGCCACCCACUUCCAGGCUCUGCACAACAUCUAUUUACAGAGCCUAGAUGCCAUGGUCGGGUGCCUACUCACCAAGACCCCCACCCCAGACAUGCUGCAGCACGUUUUGGAGAUGAGUAGAAUGGGCUGGUCUGGGGCAGAAUUUCCUCUUAACCCCGUGAGACGGCUGCAAAGGAGAGACUAGAAGAGUCCUGUUUCUAUUUGUUAGUGCCUAUGUUAGUGCCGCAGCCCUAGGCAGUUUUGCCCUGGCCUCCAUGUUCAGGAAACGAGCAUACACGUACUCUCAAACAAGAAGCAUUUCCCCGAAAGUAACCGUUGGGGCUAGGCAAAUUUUGUGGUCAGCCAGUACCAGGAGCCGCG